AUGGUUGUUAUGGUUGUUAUGGUUGUUAUGGUUGUUAUGGUUGUUAUGGUUGUUAUGGUUGUUAUGGUUGUUAUGGUUGUUAUGGUUGUUAUGGUUGUUAUGGUUGUUACAGUUGUUACAGUUGUUACGGUUGUUACAGUUGUUAUGGUUGUUACAGUUGUUACGGUUGUUAUGGUUGUUACAGUUGUUACAGUUGUUACGGUUGUUACAGUUGUUACGGUUGUUACGGUUGUUACGGUUGUUACAGUUGUUACGGUUGUUACGGUUGUUACGGUUGUUACGGUUGUUACGGUUGUUACGGUUGUUACGGUUGUUACGGUUGUUACGGGUGCAGCCUUAGCCACCAAGGCUACAACCACUAAGCAGACAACUGUAUAUUACGAGGAAUAG